AUGUCCCUCCCCACAAAGAAGUCGGGCAGAACUCAUCCCAUACGAAUCUACAUCAAACCCGCUGCAGCCAUGGCGUCCGUACAGGAGAAAGAGACGCAGGUGAAGGCGGUCCAGCUCGAGGCGCUGGUCGUCAUGAAAGUGAUCAAGCACUGCGCAAGUCGCUUCCCCACCGUCGCAACCGGCUCCCUUGUUGGCAUGGAUAACAAUUCUGGCACCCUCGAGGUGACCAACACAUUCCCCUUCCCUGUUGUGGAUCUGCCACCCGAGGCUCAGUUCGACAACCAACCGCAACACUUCAACGCUGCUGCCUCCGCUCCUCGCGCGAAGGCCAAUACCGCCUACCAAGCCGAGAUGAUCCGCAUGCUGCGUGAGGUCAAUGUCGACGCGAACAAUGUGGGGUGGUACACGAGCGCAAACCUGGGAAAUUUUGUCAACGCGAAUUUCAUCGAGAAUCAGUACCACUAUCAGAAGGAAUUGAACGAGAAGACCGUGGCACUGGUGCAUGAUGUCAGUCGUAGCUCUCAGGGGAUCCUGAGCAUUCGCGCCUUCCGACUGUCACCGCAAUUCAUGACUGCAUACAAGGAGAACAAAUUCACCACCGACAAUCUCCUCAAGUCCGGUCUCAAAUACUCAGACAUCCUCGUCGAAGUCCCUGUCUCGGUCCACAACUCCCACCUUGUCACGACCUUCCUCCACCAAGUGCCCCGGAUGCUGGCCUCAGGCGUCAUGAAGCCUCCCAGCUCUGUUGACGAGAUCGAGAAUAACCCCAUUGUCAAGAACGACACCCUCGCACCAUCCUUCGAGUCACUUUCGAUCUCCAUUGACCCCUACCUCUCUCAAACAUGCGACAACCUUCUUGACAGCAUUGAGACCCACCAUGUUGAAGCCAACAAUUUCUCGUACUAUUCCCGCGCUCUGGCCCGCGAGCAGGCUAAGAUCCAGCAGUGGCAGCAGAAGCGCAAGGCGGAGAACGCGGCGAGAGCACUGUCGAAGCAGCCACCUCUGCCAGAGGAUGAGUGGCAGAAAUUGUUCAAGUUACCUACCGAGCCGAGCCGUUUGGAGAGCAUGUUGAAUAGUCGCCAGGUUGAGCAGUAUGCCCGACAAGUCGAUGGCUUUGUUGCAGGGACCACAGGGAAGAUGUUUGCUGUUCGAGGGAACCUGUUGCCUGGUGAAGGGACCGAGAACAGCCUGCCCCGAAAUGAAUAAGUCGGGAGAUGAGCGUAAUGCCAUCAGUACGAACGCCAUAUGUUGCAACUCCUCGUGAUGGCAAAGAACAGCCACCAGCAUGUGCUAAGUGGAGAGGAAAAGAGAGUGAGCAGAGCCAAGAACUGAUUGAGCCCAUGACUCGCACUAAUUCGAGGAAGGUCGAGCUGACUGACCGCUUGACCGGGCUUGGAAUAUGUGACGAGGUGGGCGAAACGAGGCGAAUCAAAGCUAUGAAUUCGAUGCGAAGUGAUGCGCAAUGAAACCGAAACCGAGCACAGCGGGUACGGAGUGCAAGAUGAGCAAUGAAAUGAAACACAUGACAACAUGGGUCGGAUGUGACUUGGACUUUCCUGCCUCUGCCACUUCUGCUCCGAGCGCGCCAUACAUUCUGACUGCGUGGGAUGCCACAGUUUGGGAGGAUGGUGAUGAUAUGAAGGGGCGUUUUGGUGUCACGGACCACCCUGAGGAGGCGCUCCAGCGCCUUUGCAGCUGGGUUCCGGCUAAAGAUAAAGGGGCAAAAGUACUUUUUGUAUUUAAGCCAGCCAUGUGGCCGGUUUUAGGACGAUGGAGGCUUUCGUAUGCCAAGCUGCCAGUGGCAGAAACCCGCAGGCCUUGCUUCGUUACACCUUUCAGCUUGAACAUGGAAGAGAGAUAGAGCUGAUACAGAGCAAAGAACAGUCGGCGAUUCAGUUGAUCGCCGUACACACCUGUUACAUUCUUGUGUUUAAAUAUCGACUCUCGUUUCUCUGACUGGAGGAAUCACCGUCGGCCUCUCACGAAGAAGG